AUGGACAACUUUGGUCAGGUUCUAAGGGAGGUCCGGAAGCAAGUCGAUCUCUAUGCCGGUAAAGGUGAAACCAUCGGCAUAACAGUGGCCGGCCACAGCCUGGGUGCGGCUUUGGCAACGAUCAAUGCGCUGGACAUCGUGACCAAUGGCUACAACGCGCCCAUCGACCACCCCGAGAAUGCCUGUCUGGUGACCGCGUUCCCCUUAGCCAGCCCCAAGGUCGGGGACGAGAACUUCCAGGCGACGUUCUCCUUGUCCGAGAAGCUCCGCGCCCUUCGAGUGACCAACGCCCUUGAUAUCGUUCCUUUCACCCCUCCAAUCAGAUAUUACCACGUCGGAGAACAGCUGCUGGUCGACUCGCACAAGUCCCCGGACCUGAAGCCUCUCUACAAGGGUCCGACUGGCGCCGUGGCAAUCGGGCAUAUGUUGGAGACGUGCCUGCAUCUAAUCGCGGGCACACAAGGCAUCGAUAGCAACGAAUUCAAUGUUGACAAGCGUCGCGGGAUUGAGCUGCUGAACAAGGGAAUGGAUGCUCUUAAGGAUGGAAGCAAAAUUCCGGCUAAUUGGUUGGUGGCGAAGAACAAGAACAUGGUCCAGGAUGAGGUCACUGGAGACUUGGAAAUUGGCCGAUCUGUACAUCCCACCUCACCAGAAGAUAAUUAG